GAGCGGAUGUGACGCAGCCGGAAGCGGCUUUGCAGAAUCUGUUGGAAAAGAGAGAGGAGAGAUGACCCUGACGGGGAAGGGAAAGUGUGGGGUUUGCCUUGAACAGUAAUCAUAACCAACCAUGAGAAGAAAAGUGGCAGGAAGACUUAGACUUAGUCCUAACGAAGAAGCUCAGCUGUUGAAAGAAGAACACGAAAGAAGAAGAAAAUUAAGGCUGCAACAGGUCAGGGAACAGGAGCGGAAUAUUGCUUUGCAGAUAAGACAAGAUGUUAAGCAGCGAAGAGAUGAGCACCUGAAGCAGUUGGCCGAAGAACUGGAGGCAGAAUGGCAGAAAACACAGGAUGAGAAGAUUAAAGCUCUGGAAAAUCUAUAUCUGUCAAGUUUAAGAGCUGUAGGAGAAGGGCAUAAAGAAGCAAAGGAAAAUGAGCCCGAUUUGGAGGCCCUGGCAAAGCGAGCAGAAGAAAGGAAAGAAGCGGCUAAAAAGAGGUAUAAAGAAGCCCUGAAAAAACAGAAAAGCCAGAAGGAGAAAUCGCUGAGAGAACAAACAAGGCGAGCAAAUGCCCGAAAACAUGCAUUUGAGGUAGAAAGAGAAAGAGCAACCAGAGUUGCAAGCCUGCCUCCUCCUCCACCCCACCCUUUCGAAAAUAUUGAAAUGAAGGACAUCCCUGCAGGGAAAAUGAGUGAUGUUGAUAAUUUUUCGAUUACUCGACACCAUAUCUUUGACCCACAUGUGGACAGAGAAAUGAGCACGGAACAGCCAGAUGCUCGGUUACUAGCUAAAGAGGAAGCCAAACAAACGGAAGUGCUGCAAAAUGACAAGGAAAGAGAAAGGCGAGAGCAGCAGGAAAAGGCUUAUUUGAGAGGAAAGCACGCCUUGAAGAUGGUUCGACUGGCAAGAGACAAGGAAAAGUUAAUGAAAGAGCUUGAACAGAUGCAGAAUGUUGACUUGGCCCACAGAAGGCGGUUUGUCGCCCAGAUGCCCCCGCAGCUGUUUGAACCCAGCUAUAGACGUGUGGAAAUCAAAGAAGAAUGGCAGAGGGAGCUGGAGUGUGCCUUCGAAGACAUGUACACUGGAAAUAUGAGAAUGAAGGGAGAUCUUAUUUUGCACCUCGAUCCACAGCCUUUGCCAGCUCUCUCUGAGGCAUCUCAGGAUGAUGAACUAGAACUUUCCCAGGAACCAGAACCUGUGUGUGAAUUGACUCCAAAGUUGGCAAAUGAGAUAGAAAACAAUGAGCCAAGCGGUAGUGAAGUGGAGAAGACAUUCCAGCCUCCGGCCAAACUAGCUCUAAAAAAGUUGCUAAACAAGAUACGGAAUCAAAAAGACAAUUGGACGUCAAGAUGUGAGUCGGAGAUUCAAAGUGACAUUGGGACAAUUGAGUCAGGGACCAUUUCUAAUGGAGGAGAAAAAGCGGAUGGAUUAGCAUCUGUGCCUGAACCUGAAUUCAAGCAGGAUCCUACUGCUGAAUCUUCUGAAGAGCUUCCAGAAAUACUGGACCAUACCAUUGUGGCUGAAAAUAAACUUAUAAAACAAGCACAAGAGGAAACCACUAAAAUUAGAAAGGAGUUAGAAAGAUUCACACAGACGGAGCAGCAGCAGCUGCCGCCGCAAACAACACUGGAAAAAAUACAACUAGAAAUUGAUUUUCUGAAGGCCAAAGUGCAACACCAGGAGCAGGAAGCUAAGACAGAGCAAGAAAAGAAAGAACAAGAACGUCGAACAGAACAAAACGUUUUUGAUUCUGUUGUGCAUCAGGAACAGGAAGAAGAAUGCAAGACUGACAUUGCCCUGGAGCAACAGGUAUCCUGGUUUCCCAAAGAGCAGGACCAUCUAAAGAGGAUUCAUGACUGUCAGCAACGUCUGUUGGUGCAAAACAGAAUGCAUCAAGACUCAGUUGACGAAGCCAGAAGAAAAUUAGAAGAAUAUCAGAAUAAACUGCAACAGAGAUUCCAGUCAGUUUCCAAGGCACUGUUAAAUCCUGUAGACAGAUUUGCACACCUGAAUUUGGAUCCACUUGAUCCAUGGUCACAAGCCCAGGAGUUGCCUCAACCGGAGAGAAUUAAAGCAAUGGCUUGCAAGCCACCCGAGGGGGAUUCUGUUCAAGAACUGGUACCACCGCGGCAGAAAAAUGAGGAGCAGAGACUUGAAGUCGCCAAGGAUGAGCAAGGAUCCUCUUCACAUCAAGAGAAAGAAAAAGCAGACAUAUUGGGAACAACUGGGGCACAUUUGUUGGGAUUUCACAGGAUUCCGAGAUCGUUCUUGCCAGAACCUGAGGAUACUUCGACUUCUACCCAGCCUGUUGCUCGUAUUCCAAGUGCCCGAUUCAUUUUACCUGAUGCAGGUGAUGCUCUGGGGCCUUCAGAAACCCUCUUGUCCGAAGCACUCACACCAGACAAACCUCCAGCUGGAAAGAUUAUUUUGCCAACCUUCUUAAAGCACCGAGAUACUCCAGGAGAAAAUAGGAUAAACACUGUUCCUAACCAGAGCCGCCGUCUUCCUUUGGAUUCGACUUCUUCCUCACCGCCUCCCGUAACGGCUCAGAUCAAGGGCAUCCAGGAGUCCUCCUCGGCAUCGAAAACAGGACGGGGUUUUUUGCCCAAUUGUUCUGAUAUCGUAGAGUUAAGAGACCACCUGCUAGCUUCCUCCGAGAGCAUAGAAGUUCAGCAGGAGCACUUGAAAGAACUGCAGGAACGAUUGGACGAGGAGCGGGAAGCCCUCCUGUUUCGCCAGAAAAUACAGGAGGACGUGCUGCUCCAGAGGCACGCCCAGCUGAAGCAAAAAAUGGAGCAACAGCAAGAAGCAUUAAAAGACAUUAUUAAACGGGUUACUCAGUUAAGCCCGUGCAGGGAUGUGACAGAGGAAAAACCCGAUAGCCUCAGUUUGCUGAGUGUGCUCCUUAAUGAAGCAGAAGAUGGUACCCCAAAGCAGGUUCACUUUGAUGAUAUGAACAGCCCGGAGGAAAACGAUUCUUUGUUUCAAAAAGUGGAUUCAGUGGAACAAAUGGGGUCAUUUCAGAGCAUAUGGACCAGAGAAGAGAAACAGAGGCAUUCAAAACCGCCUUUGGUCAAAGUAAAACCAGGACUGGAUUUGGAGCAGCAUGAACUCAGUGCUAUACAAGAGCUUGACACCCCAAGGAGCGACAGAUUUUCCACUACAGAAAUUUCAGCAUACAAAGAGCAUCUUACUGGAAAUAUAUUCCUCACUCCCCAAAUUGAUAACUUACCACCUAGUAAAAGCCCAACUGAGGAUUUACAGGAAGAAAUAGAUCUGCUAAGAACUAUUUCUAUGGCUGAUGAUAAAGGAUUAGAUUUUGGCCAAAGCCUGGAGCGUAUACAAGGAUCACACGACAAUGAAUCGAUGUGGAAAGCUAAUGGUUUGUAUGACUCAGUCCACUCCAAAGAAUUUACUUCUGCAGAUCGACAUUUAUCAAAUUAUUCUGCUGAUAAUGGAAGAAGAGUUCCAUCUCCUGAUCCAUUAUUGAGGCCAAACAGCCAAGUAAUACUUUCAAACGCCUGGUCUCCAGGUUUGUUAGUGCCAACAACUUGUACACAACAAGUAGCUCACAGCUAUUUUUCUUCAGUGACUCCUUCUGCUACCAACUUUAUAAAAAAUUACAACUCGGAUAUUAGUCUUGCAGGUAAAGAAUCCUGUGCAGCCAAGUCUCAGACCAGCGUUUUCAGCUUCCCAGCAAAGGAGAGCUCAAGCGCUCUUUCAUUUCUUCAAAAAUCUGAGGACUCCUCAAAGCAUCCCAGUUCUCGCCUCUCUUUCGAAGAAGUGGAAUACGACGGAAGCAAAAUCCAGCAAAUAAUAAACAAAUACAGAAAGGAUUUCAGCUGGUCAUCACUGAGUAAUGUGUCUUCUGGCCAUGAUCCAGCGGUUGGACUUGAUGCUACUGAUAUUGAAAGAAAUUUUCCAAAUUUCCACCGUGAACUUUUUCAGCCUUUGAAACCGAGUUCUGACUUUGAUAUCUGCUCAACACUCUCUCAGUGCAGAAUAUCUCACAGCAGCAAAGAUUCAAGCAAGGUUUCAGAUUUAUCUAAGAGUCAAGAUUUAACAUCUUCUACCAUAGAAGAGGGAAGGAUCAGUACUUUAUUUCUUAGCAGAGGAAACCUAAGCCAUUCUCAACUCAAGGAACAGAGUGAUGAAAGGAUGAAUCAGCCAAGGCAAGCUGUUCAACUCGUUGCUGAAGAAUUGUCUGAACCCCUGUCUCUGGAAAGUACUUUGCACAAUAGUUUUGGUCGACCCGGAGCCUUUAGUUUCAACCCUGAAGAAAACCUCGAGCUAAACAAGGACUGCGUUGAGGACCCUGUCGUUAUUUCAUCCGAGACGAGCUCAUACGAGGACCUGCCAGAUGACAGCGACUUUCGUUAUUUCUGUUCGUCCAUUGAAACACUUCGCAGCCUCACUCCUGUUGAAGAUCAGACCUCCAUGUACGAGAUCAUUCCGAGUUUUAGCCCGAGGAAAAGUACCCAGGAGAGGACAGAAUCGGCUAAAGAGGACAUGAGCUCAACGGAAGAGAGCCUCUGUUUUGUUGAACUAGCCGCAAUGUCGUUCAACGAAAACAACGAAACGGGGACCAGGAACAGAUUGAUAGAAACUGACGUCGCGCAAUGUGAUCUAAAUUCCACGCAAGGGCAGAGUUCUCCAAAAUCGAAAGUUCUUCUGGGCUGGCCUCAAGAAAUGAACUCUGGCAGUCCCUUUCAGAAUUCUGCUGAGGAAAAUAUCAGGCAGCCCGCCAUGUUUCCACAACUAAAUAUGGGUGCCAUCCACACUAAAAGCUCGGAUUCCCGUUUGUCACAGUGCCGCGUCCCUGUUUGGGAGACCCUUACAGGAAGGGGCAUCAUGGAAGAACCAGAUCUGACGCUAGUAAGCUCUAAUGACAUCAGCACUGCAGAAUCAGAGCUUAUACACGGUGAUCAUUUGGAAGCGAAGGACUGUCCCCAGAGCAGAGGAUUUUUCCCAUUGAAUCCAGAAGUGGAUGAAUUUCUCACUCAGCUGGACGAUCCACCAGAAAGUCCCCCAAACAAUCUGGAUCCAAAUUCCAAGCCCAGAGGCGUUAUAUUGUCAGAGCUUGCACCGGUCCACAGCAGCCUACAGGAAGCGUUUCUGAAGCAGAAGAGAGAUUUCAUCGAGAGAUCUUUGAAAAGGGUGGAGAAAGUAAAAAAACGAGAGCGGAGCUCUGAAAAGACCCAGCCGAAGGAAUUACCACUGAAAAAACCACAACCGCAUAAACGAAAAGCGAACCGGUCGCCUCAUGGGGCAGCUGUCAAUCUUUUGAAGAAAGUGGAAGAAAAAAGGUGCUCUCCACUGGACAGGAGAGCGGGCGCGGCACAAAUGCAGCAAAGGACUUCAAGACUGUAUAAUAAUCUGGCGGAAGUGAAAAACAGAAAGGAAGAGAAAGACAGGAAAGAAAAUUACGCCAAGAACAGGGAAAGAGCAAAAGAAUUCCAAAAGAAAACAUUGGAAAAACUACGAGCCAGAAAAAUCAAUUUGAAAACCUGGUAUUUUGCAGACGUCCCGCCAAUGGAGGAUAAUUUAUCAGCUUUGGAUUUGAGGUCUCUGCGAUAAUUAAAAAUUAUGAGGCAGAAUUUGAGACAAUUCACAUUUGGUAUGGCUGCAUUUGCAAAAUGCCCAAUGCUGUGUAUAUAGACCAUUGUUGUCUCCAAUUAUGGCUUUUCAACUCAAAAAGAUUUUCAUUUCCAAAUGUCACAUUUGCUUUUUGUACUAUUUUACCUAUUUAUAAUAAAAUAUUUGCCAAAAUGCAGAUUGACAAGUUAUUCAAAAGCCAUGUUCCUUUCCGCUUGCCUUUUAAAAAUGUGUGCCAUCAACUGAAUGAGACUUAUUGUCAGCCUCCUGGCCAAACAAUCCAGAUGAUGGAGAAUGAGAAGUAAUUGAGGAAGAAUAGCCAGCUACCUUGGAAAUCUCAGCUGCCACUAAGAGAAAACCCCUGAACACAAUCUGUGAUUUUUCCCAGCGCCUGCUGAAUUAAAAGCUGGAGGCUGGCCUAAUGAAAGGACCAAGAACCUCACAUGCCACUAAUCAGGCUUCAGUCAGUGGUUGAGAACGACUGUCCGCCGGAUGACUGGGCAGAGUAAUUCAAGUUGCAGCCUACAUCCUUCGACGCUCUUCCAAUGGCUCCGGAGAAAAAUGCAGCAAUUUUUGCAUCAAAAAUGGCGGCCGGAAGUUUUUCCCUGACUUAAAAUGGCCACUGCAGUGACGAGCGGGCUGAAGGUGCCAAAAACUCACAGAUGGAAAGUGAUGGCACCAAAGCCUGGGUCCUCGCAUCACUGACCGUCACGCCAAAUCCCUGAAUUACAGCGCAAGCGGCUGGGCCCUCACCGCUGUGCUAAGAGAAAACACGAUCGCGUCGGCUUGCGUCAC